GGGACUUUGUUGUGUCGAACGCUGCGAUGUUGCUGCGACUCAGCCCCGGGUGACGCUGAUGGGCCUUUUUUCCCGCUUCGCCCCAAGGCUCGGCUUAACACCGAGCUUGAGCAGAGCUACCGUGAGGAGAAUGAGACCAAUAAUAGUUAUCUAUGGCUCGACUGGCACGGGCAAGUCAGAUCUCGCCGUCGAAUUAGCGACAAGGUACAACGGCGAAAUCAUUAACGCGGACGCGAUGCAGAUGUAUAAAGGCCUUCCAAUCAUAACCAACAAGCUCACGGCCCAAGAACAGCGAGGAAUCCCCCAUCAUCUUCUCGGCAGCAUCGACCUCGGCGAGGAGCCUUGGGUCGUGACGCAGUUCAAGAGAGAGGCUGCCCGAAUAAUAUCCGAGAUUCGCAGUCGCGGCAAGCUCCCCAUCCUAGUCGGCGGCACUUCCUACUAUCUUGAUGGGCUGCUCUUCGAGGGGAGGGUCGUCGACGACCAGCCAGCACCGGAAGGCGGUGCAUUGAACCGCGACGAGCUGGCAGCAAAAUACCCGAUAUUGACGGAAUCUCCGGAGGCAAUGUUGGCGAAACUGCGCGAGGUAGAUCCCGUGAUGGCGGAUAAAUGGCACCCAAAUGAUGCUCGCAAGAUCCGAACGUCUCUGGAGAUCUACUUUGGGACGGGCCGCCGCGCCUCCGACAUCUACGCGGAGCAGCGCAGCAAGAAGGAGUCCAAGUGGGCAUCCCAAAAGCACACGCAUAGCCACGGCCUCGGUGAAGUGUUGCUCUUCUGGCUUUACGCUCGGCGGGAAGCGCUCAACGAGCGGUUAGACAAGCGCGUAGACAGGAUGAUGCAAAACGGUCUCCUCGGCGAGACAGCCGAGGUCUAUGAUUACCUUCAACAACGGUUGGCGGCUGGUGAAACAGUUGACCGGUCAAAGGGCAUAUGGCAAUCCAUUGGCUUCCGCCAAUUUGAGCCCUAUCUAGCCGCGGCAAAGAACGGCGUUGCUGGUCCUGAGCUGGACAAGCUUCGACAGGCAGGGACUGAAGACACCAAGACAGCCACUCGCCAGUACGCCAAGUAUCAGGUGCGCUGGAUGACAAUGAAGACCAUCUCGUCUCUUCAGGAGGAGAAGCUGCUGGAUAGGCUCUACCUCUUGGACAGCACGGCGAUUGAGCGCUGGAACACAGAGGUGCUUGAGAAGGGGGUUGAGCUGACGAGGAAAUUCCUCGCCAAUGAGCCGCUGCCUCCGCCGGCAGAGGUGUCGGAGACAGCAAGGGAAGUCCUAGCAGAGACAAUCGAGAGGAGCAACCGUCAGGAGACACCAUGCCGCAAGACGUGUGACGUCUGCCAGAAGACGCUCCUGACAGAAGGGUUGUGGCAGGCGCACAUUACGAGCAGGAAGCACCAGAAAGCGGUGCGCGGAGCGAGAAAAAGGCAAUUAAUACCAGCUCAUGCUGUGCCGUCAAGAGACCUGAUAGCAGUCACACCUGACAUGCCAAGAGAGGAGGUCACAACCGCAAUAGAUUCUCCAUAAUAAACGCUCAGCGGUCCCCGAGUCUGUGCAAAAAGAGGGUUUAAAGACGCAUUGCUUACAACCCCUUUCAUUUUGCC